CGUCAGGAACGUGUUACAGUCACAUUGUAAAACGGUUUAGCACUUUAACGUUAGCUUGCUACCGGUUAGUUUGCUGUGUGAUCCUGCUAGCUAACUGUGCUGUUUAGCCGAUGUGAGAGCAUCCUCUUCAAUGAAGGAUAAACUCUGAUACUCUUUCUCUCUCAGUUUAAGGACUACGUAGCUUAGUUUAGAAAGGAAAUAAACAUCAACGGUAACAUUAAUCCAGCCAGCAAGUAGCCAAGUGUCUUUAAUGUGCUCCUGUCAGGUUUCCUGCAGGAACGUAAAUAAAAUGUAAUAAACGUACAUCUUUAGUUUUGCGCAUCCUAGAGACGAAAAAACUACCUUUCCUUGUUUCAUUCAAAAAGCUUCGAGUGUUUCAUCUGUAUAUAUGAGAUUAUUUGUAUCCAUUUAACACAAGUGCUGUAGCCCAGUAGAAUACAGAUUCAGAAUAAAUUGCAUCUUUUGGGUCUAUUUUUGCUGCUAUGCGAAGACAUUUAUUCUUCUUCCUCUUGUUUUUGUUUUGUGUUGUUUUGUUUUGGAAGUGUUUGGAAGUGUGUUAAAUAUCGUUUUUUUAUGACAAAAUAAAAAGAAAACAAACAUAACAGGGCAGCAAUUAUAAUAUAUAUUUAGGGGCAUUUCCCCUAAUAUUGAUAUAUGAUCAAUAUUCUACCAAGUUUAUAUAUAUAUAUAUAUAUAUAAAUAGUUAUAAAUAAGAUAAACCCUACACCCACUUGUUACACCACAGCUUUACCUUCCCUUGCCACCCUGACAUCCAUAUGCAAACAGUUAAUUUUGCUGCUUAUCACCACUGCGAUUACAGCAAUACAUUUUAAGUUUAUUUAGAAUGUCAUUUAAUGUCUGCUAAGAGAACCUUUCUCUCUCUCAUGAGAAAUAUCUGAUGCCCAACACCCAGCAACCUCUUGUCUAGUUUUGAAACUUGCUUGAAGAGACUCGAGUGUACAUCUUGUUCCAGUCCAGUGAGUGUGGGCUUGUCCAUCUGCAUGGUAUCACAUCCUAGUGCGAACGUCACAGCAGUAGAAGAGACGUCCCCCUCACCCCACCAGACCCUCGGCCUACCAACUAUAGUGCUAUUAUAGUUCCAGCAAAGGCUAAUUGUUGGUCACUUACAAAGGAUUGCACAGUCCAUGUCUUUGGAUGGUAACGCUGUCUUUUUCUACUAAGAUGGCACUGCUUGUGGUUGGUGCACUCCUGUGCCUGUCCUGUUGGGUCUCUUUCUACUUUAUUUUGUGUAAUAUCAACGGGAGCAGGAGCUACGAGUGGAACUGCCGCCUUGUCACCCUGGUACAUGGCAUCCUGGCAGUGUGCAUCACAGCAUACAUAGGCUAUGUAGAUGGACCCUGGCCUUUCACUUAUCCAGGUACUAAGAACACAGCUCUACAGAUAAGUGCCAUGUUGCUGAGCCUUGGCUACUUUAUUUUUGAUAUGGCCUGGUGUGUGUACUUCCGCACAGAGGGACCCGUUAUGCUGGCCCACCACACCAUGAGCAUCCUGGGAAUCCUGUGCACCCUGUGGUUGGGUGAGUCUGGCAUCGAGGGCUGCGCGGUCCUCUUUGGCAGUGAAAUCACCAACCCCCUACUUCAGGCACGCUGGUUCCUGAAACAGACGGGACAUUACGGGACGUGGCUUGGGGACGUUGUGGACGUCCUGUUUGUGCUGCUGUUUGUGGUGAUGAGAAUCUUUGUAGGAGGCACAAUGCUGUACUGUGAGCUGAUCUCCCCAAGACCUAGAUUCUUUAUCAAGUGUGGGGGAGUGGCCAUGUACGCUCUGUCUUGGGUGUUUAUGGUGGAUAUUGUUCGAUUUGCCAUUCGGAAGAGCAAGAACUGGCACAAACAGCAGAGAGACCAACAAGAGACACUUGCAGCAAAUGGUCAUGAAGGGAAGAAGGACUGAUCGUCUUGUGUUUCACUGAAGGAAAUCAAUUUAUAUCUUGUCUGUGUUUUUCACUUUGGACGUGCAAGGCAACGAAAAUCAACUUUUGUAUGUUAAACUGAGGUUUAAAAAAGUAUAUUUCAAACUUAUAGUUUCGGCGUCAGGAAAUAUCCCGUAGCACCUGUCUGUAAGAUCCAAGGCUUGUGCAUUGUGGGGAAAAAAGUGUAGUCAGACAGUUUUAUGCAGUUAUUGCAGUUGAACACAUGGAGGAUGUUUGUGCAAAAUGUGCAGUUAACAAACAGCACCGAUGUAGUUUAUGUCACUGGAAACCAAAGCACUUUGUACAAACACAUGAACAAAUGUGUCUUUUAGUUGCAGUGAACUGUGGCCUAGUCAUAAGUGGUGGUGUUGCUCCAAAGGAAAGCUCAAUAUUAGGAAAGAAAUUGUUUACAUGUAAUGUCCAAGGUCCUUGUGAAACAUUAUUAGUCAUAUUCAAAAGUUGUUUUCCUUGUAGUCCGGGGUUUUUUUUUUGACACUUGUGAGAUUUCAAGGGUUGAGGGUAUACUCAGGGAAUGAAGUCAUACCAGAAAGUUGAGGUCAGUUCCAGAGAAACGUAUGUGAUCUGUUUGAUUACUUAGUUUAAUAUACUGUAGUUUAUAGUAAUUCAUCUAAGCUUUUGCCAGCUGUCUGAAAUCGUACUGCAAAACCUGCCCAAGACAUUUCAUUCAUGUAAAGAUACGUUGAAAGGAAGCUCUCAGCUACAUAGGUCUACACUGGCAAUUUCUGGAUAUCCAUGAAUGUGUUCAAAUGUUUGGUUAUUUUGUAUCUUAAGUUACUUGAAGUCUUUGAUUUCACUGUAUCAACUGUGUGAACAUAGACCAGCCUAACAUACUUUAAUCUUCCAGAUAAAGUCAGACACAAGACCUAUUGUCUGUACUGAUAGCUCCCAAUUCUUGUCGUUUGCUGGAGUGAUGCUUUUAGUCACUCAGAGAUCUUGUCAGGCAAGAUUUGACAAUUCACUUUGAUUUAUUACGAGCUAUCUGUGCAGUGUGCUGAUCGUAUGUCUGAUUUCUGCACACUUUUUUUUUUUUUUUUUACUUUAGUUUGUACAUUCUCUGCACAUUUAAUCUUUAUACAGCACAAGCCAGUGACACACACAACUAAGGCUGGGCAAUGGUUGAUCAUCACCGAUUGACUUUCAGUAAAUCAUACCAAGAUUAAAAUAAUCAUGUCAGGUUAUAAUUUUAUAAUAAUUCUGAAUUUUAGUAUUUUACGUGUGAUUUUACCUACCUUUGCCAUAAUGUGAUAUUAAUUGUAAGAGAAUUAUUAAUCUUAAUAUUGUGAUAUUGAUUUCAGCCAUAUUGUCCAAUGUCCACACCCAAGACACACAUGCAUCAUGGGAUGACGGCAGGUGACUUGUUAUGUGUAGAGCAUAUCAUGUUCAUCAUAUCAAGUCCACCCCAUAACAUGACUUUGUCCAUGCCGAGAAAAUUACCAAACUACCAGCUUUUAUCUUUGUGCUAUAAUGUUCUUAUUAUGACCACAUCUUGUUAUUUUAGUGCACAUUGAUUUUUGAAGUAAUGUGCUCAAAAAUGCGUCAUCUGUUUGUUUUGCUAUUUAUAUCUGACUGUUAUUGAAUGUCCGUUUACCUGGAUGCUACUGUUGAAAAUCCUGUGAGCAUCACCUUUAUAUCCAAAACGGGAUAAAUCUAACUGGUGCGUGCCUUAGUUAUCUGAACAUAUUUUCCUAAUUUUUUCGUUUGGUUUUUGUCUUGUGCUGUUCUGUGAACCCUCCAGCAGAUGUUUAGGAGUAAUAAAGAACUAUUUCCAGUU